CUCUCAUACAGCGCGCGCCUACACGUGCCACAUCGAUCCACAUCUUUGUACUGGCCAGGUGAGCUUGUCCCCAAUCGUACAUUGUCAGGAGCAGUAUGGAUUUAGAGCCGAGAGCCUCAAUACCAAUAGAUAUAACUGUUUCUGGUUUGUCAUUAAACACAUUGAAAAAAAGGUUUGAACUAACAGAUGCACAGCUAAAGAAAGAAAUUGAAGAGAAAUAUAUUCCAGAAUUAGCGGACUGUUUUGACAAUUUUCAUGACUAUUUUGAAAAAUUCCCGCUGAAACGAGGACAAAAAACUGAUGUGAUGACAGAAGUUAAUCGAAAUGGAACUCAAGCUGGAUGGAAGAAAGCUCUGAGCCUUUGGAGAAAAUUGAAUCCCUUUACUGCUACGUAUGAAUCCCUCCUUGAAAUUGUGCUAUCAUUACAGAAGGGGGAUGUAGCCGUCAGCAUAUGUGAGCUUAUUCGUCGUAUAGGUCAUGAAACAAAUUGUGGCCGUAAGCACCCAACCACUAGGCAAAGUGUUACGAAGUUGAAACGAUUAUUCAAUGAGUUAAAGAACGCUGUUCUGGCCUUGCUUGUUAGGAGGUCAAAUGAUGAAGAAAAUUUUCUUAGGUCAUUUCAAGAUAGCUUAGUACUGCUGUCGGGAUCUAAAGGAAAAUAUUUCUUCUCGAGAAAGAGUAUUGCAAAACUACGACGGUCAUCAUCUUUUGAGAAUAUCUUUGAGUUGUUGUCGGACAAUUGGAACUUUUUCAAUUGCUACCUACUUUGCUAUGUUAUUGACAACUUCACCAGUGACAAUGAUAUUCGAAAGAAAAAGGAAUUCUUUAGCCUCGAGCUCACUACUUUCUUGCAAACAACAACAGUGCCUGACUUUCACAGUGUUGGCCAUGACACGGAACAAGUUGCCGGUGAUGGUACUUCAGAAAUUUCUGUAUAUAUGCCUUGCAACGCAAUGACGUUAGAAGAUGUCGAAAAUCUAAAAGAAGAAAUUACACAUCAAGUAUCCUUUGAGCCUCACACCUUGUUCUAUACGAGUUCUGGUAACAAUAUAUUGAAAUGGAGUGUGCCUAAACAUCUCGCUACAAUUUUUGCAAGUGCUAUUGAUGAAACCUUUUUAGUUGAACAUCACAUUAAAUUUUUACAAAUUGAUGGCGUUGAUUUGAAGAGCUAUAUAAAACAGAUGGCCCCGCAGACUGUUUCCCAGCCUAUUACAGUCCGACGAACCACAGGAUUUGGUUACAAACCCCCUCCCCUUUCAGUUACUAUUCGAGAAGUUUUGAUGCGAUACCCUGAUGGGCAAAUUUUCAAGGAAUUGAUCCAGAAUGCUGACGAUGCUGGAGCUAAGACUGUGUGGUUCUAUGUUGAUGAGAGGCAACACGGCAUCGCCAACCUCCCUCACCCUGACCUGGCUAACUUCCAGGGACCAGCUUUAGUGGCUGCCAAUGAUGCAUGUUUUACGGACAAUGAUUGGGAGAAUAUACAACGGAUCAAGCAAAGUAGUAAAAGUAAAGAUCCCUUUAAAACUGGAAAGUUUGGUAUCGGCUUUAACUCUGUCUAUCAUCUCACAGAUUCCCCUCUCAUUGUCAGCGGUGACCGCUUAGCUUUCUUCGAUCCUAAAGAGAAGAUUUUUGGUGCAACUGGCAAGGAUUACAACCUUUGUGAUGUGAUCACUCAGCACUCCGAUUUCAUAGCACCCAUCAAUGGUGUGGCAGGUUUUGAGUCAAGCUCUGUUGUUGACAAGGGGUGGUAUAACAACACCAUCUUUAGGUUACCUUUGCGUACAGAGCCUUCAGAAAUUUCGAGCAGUUUGUAUGAUUUAACAAAAAUGAAGAAGCUACUCAAUGCUCUCAGGAAUGAAGCUAAGUAUCUACUUCUCUUCCUCAAGUCUGUACUUCGUAUUGAAGUAUAUCACAUUGCUAAAAACCAUAAGCAAAAAAGUUUGUCCUUCUGCGUUGAAUUUGAUAACGAAGAUCAUGUAUGUGAGCAACGUAGUACUUUUAAUAGAAAGUUAGAAGAUAUUCAUAAAAUGCAGUCCUUCAAAAUUUCUGAAGUUGUUUGUACUUCACUAAGGCUCUCAGUUGUUGUAACUGAUCGAAAUCGUGAUGACAAUCAGGGGGGUACUAGUGAAUGGUUUGUGUGUAAUUCAGUUGGAUGCACUGACUCUGAUGUGUUAGAAGCUGCAAAGAACCAAUGUACCUUUCCAGCCGUUGGUACAGCGUUAGAGCUGGGACAGCAAACUUCUGGUGGUAGAAUAUUCUGCUUAUUACCAAUCCCUCCUGAUGUCUUUUCUGGUCUUCCUGUUCAUAUAAACGGGCCAUUUGGGUUAAAUGAUGACAGGCGGAGUUUAACAUGGCCGACUAUUGAGAGAGAAAACGACAGUAGUGCACGUUGGAAUAAGACAAUAGUUAGCAAGCUUCUUCCACCUUGCUAUACUAGACUAUUAGUGGAGGUAAGAAUGCAUAUGUCCAACCCGGAGGACUUUUACAAGGCCUGGCCUAUUCCUCAAGAAAUCCAUGAGCAAUUUGCUGAUAUUGCUCGUCCAUUGUUUACAUCUCUGUUAAAAGAAUCUGUGUUUUGGACUGAAAGAAGUAAUGAUUGGGUAUCCCUUAAUGAAGCUGUUUUCAUUGGAAUAGAUGUAAUAAAUAUUAUAUCGAAAGUUCUGUUAAAGUGUGGCGUUAAUGUAGUUUCAGUACCCAUUGAAAUCUGGGAAGCAAUUAAAUCCACUAAACAAAAUGUUGUCAUGGUCACUCCAGAAAACAGCACUUCUGUAAUGCGUUUGCAUCCUGAGAGCUAUAAUAAUCUCACCCCAACAGAGAAAAAACACAUUUUAUCAUAUUUCCUUUCUGCUCCGCAUGAUUCUUCUCACAACCUUCUUGGCCUGCAUUUGCUGCCUUUGGCAGAUGGUAAUUUUGCUUGUUUUCAGGAGGAAUGUGAACCAAUUUACCUGUGCACAAAAUUGUAUCCCCGCUACCUUUUACCUGGCCUGGAUUGUAUGCUUGUGAAUGAACUUCCAGAACUUCAAGAAAGUCUAAACAUCCUCGCAGUUUCCCAGAAAACCAACUUGCGACUCCUUACACUCCAGGAUGUUGCCAAACUCCUUCCCCAAAUUCUUUCAUCAGAAAACGCGAUAAUCAACAAUGAAGUUAAUAUUACAAGAGAAUGGUUACGUAAACUCUGGAAGUGUUUGUCAAAUGAGACUAGUCUUCACAUAUUCCAAGACUCCUACAUCGUUCCAUGUUGGAAAUCAAAGGAAAACACUCAGGAUAGUUUUUUCCUCAUGAAAUUAAACAAGGAACAGCCAGUAAUUUAUAUUGACCACUCAGAACACCCUCAUUCCAAAUCGUUUCUUUCUGCCUUGUAUAAGUUGAAUAUCGGGGUGUGUUUCCACAGUGAAUUCAGAUUUGUUUCACACACUCAAUUAUCAUCAUAUGUUAAACUACUCAAUGGCAGUAACAUUCUUGAUGCAGCUAUUGCUUCUCAGUGUGACGUUAGUGGUAUAGUGUUCACUCAAGAGGAAGCUGAGACAUUACGCUCGAUAUUAAUUAAGAUUUCCUCUCCUUUAUCUGAUGAACAGCAGGCUGUUUUUAAAAACUUUGCCAUUUUCACUUCAGCAACCUGUUUAGGUAAUAAACUCUUCUCAGUUACGAGCGCAGCAGCGGAGUCAAUUGCCAAAAAACCAUUGGGAGAACCUUCUAGACCCUAUACAGUUCAUUCUUUGCCUUCUAGUUUUAUUCUUCUCACUCGUGAUCAAUUCAAGUUAUUGGAAUUACUUGAUGUUACAUUCCCCACUGAGUCUGAGAUGCUAGUUGAUCAUGUUUUUCCUCUUUUGCAGGAUUUUACAUUUCCAUUAGGUCAUAUAGAUCAAUUGAUGGAAAAUGUAAUAACCUCGCUUCAUGCUCUUAGUUCGGAUGUUUCCGAGAUUGUCAGAAAUCUUUCUUUUAUAAAAAUUAAGUCCGGAAAGCGUGUUACUCCUCAGAAAGUGUUUGAUAGCCAUAAUCCUGAUUUAUUAGCUCUGUAUGAAGGUGAAGACUGCUUUCCACUUGAACCCUUCAAUUCACCCGAGAGACUACAACUGCUUCAGCAUUGUGGUCUACGCACUUCUGUCACUCCACAAGAGGUGCUAGACAUCAUACACUCUAUUAGCUGUGACGCAUCAUCAGAGCCACAAAAAGUGAGUGCUGUAAAGUUGAGACGUGCCAAGGCCGUUAUAAAGUAUAUAAGUGAUCCAGCCUUUCAGCAGCUACUGUCUGACGAUCCACAGUGUCAACACUCGUUCUCCGAUGAUUUGACUCGUCUUUCAACUCAAAGGUGUUGGUUGCCAGUACUCUAUGAGAGACAUUCAAACUAUCCUAAACAGUUACUUUGGAAAGGUAGUACCUAUCCUUCCCAUUUUGUUUCGUUGUCAUCGUCAAAUGUCGCUAUAGUUGGUUCAAAUUCCUCGAAUUUACCCCUUUUAGUAGGGACAAGAUGUUGCUUUGUAGAUUUCAGUAACAAAAUUUUACAUCUGUUUAUGUCCUCAAUUGAAUCCGACCCUGCAGAAAUAGCUCAUAAUGCGUUGACUCAAUUCAGUACUAUUAUUAAUCACAAAGAACUUACAAAUAUAAAUGUGGAUAUCAUAUCUGAGGCUUUUUAUUCCUUUAUGAAUAACGAAGGUGUAAACUGUUUGAAAGAGUUGAAGUUAAUAGACAGGUGGGUGUUUAUACACAAGCAUAAUUGUUUUGUUAGUCCAGACAUGGUUACACUUCAGCGGGACUCGUUUGACUACGAACCGUACUUGUACAUUCUUCCAAAUAAAUUAAUCGAAUAUGAAAAUGUUUUUAAUGUAUCAAUGGGAUUCACUGAAACUGUUACCGAAACACAACUUCUUCAAGUUUUGAAAACGAUUAACUUGGGUCCAUGUGAAAAGAAAAUGGUAACUGCUAAAAUAGCUUGGAAGAUGGUCACUAGUAUUCUUAGCGUGCUAACUGCCAACGAAGAAAACUUGUCCGCAGAAAGUUUUAAUUCGCAAGUACUCAUCCCUGUUGAGACUGAUUCAGAUUGGCCACACUUGGAGAAAGUUUCUAAUGUUGUUUACACAGACAAUGAAUUCUUAAAAGGGCAUUUAGAUUUGUUAGAGAGCAACUGUUCUCUUACACACAAACAGGUUCAUAAGAAUAUCACGCCAGAGCUGGCUAAUUGCUUGGGAGCUACGUCUGCAUCUAAAUUGUAUGAAGUAUAUGAAGACACUUUUGAAGAUACUGGACAACAUGAACCCCUAACUGUUAGACUCAAGAAUAUCCUCCGAGACUACAAAGACGGACUCACUAUUAUCAAGGAGCUGCUACAAAAUGCUGACGAUGCAGAUGCUACUGAAGUAAAUAUUUGCUAUGAUGCUAGGCAGCAUGAAACAGACCCGGCAAAGUUGUUUUUCGGGGGAAUGGCUGAAGCUCAUGGACCAGCCAUUAUUGUUCACAACAAUAAACCUUUUUCUGAUGAUGACUUCAUCAACAUCACCAAACUAGCUGGAGCCACUAAACAAAGCAAUGCAUUAAAAAUUGGACAAUUUGGAGUUGGAUUUUGCUCUGCGUAUCAUAUGACUGACAUUCCUUCUUUUGUAAGCCAAGAGCACUUAUACAUUUUUGAUCCGACUUUAUCAUAUUUAAAAAAGGAAAUUAAUAAUCCGGCUCAACCAGGAAAGAAAGCAAAAUUCACUAACAUGUUAAUAUCUGGGUCACGGCAGUUAGACCCCUAUAAUGGUCUAUUUGGCUUCAAUGCCACACAGAGUUAUAAAGCAACAAUGUUUAGGUUUCCAUUCCGCUCUCGAGCCAGUGAGCUCAGUGGAAGCUGCUAUUCUCACGCUACUGUUGAAGAACUCAUCAUUGACAUGAAAACUUGCAGCUCAAAGCUAUUACUCUUUCUUCGCAAUGUGAAGGUAAUUACAUUUCAGCAUAUUGUUUCGGGUCAGAAUGAGCCACAAACCUUGUUGAAGAUAGUUAAGGAUGUGGUACCCUUGCAAAUCCCCCUCUAUUCAAACACCCAAAUUAGAAAAUUCACUGUAUAUAAUAUAUGUGCAAGGAAUCACACAAGCUGUCACUGGCUCGUGUCCCAAACAGAUAGAUAUGACAGUCAAAAGAGUUACAAUACUGCUUCUGUUGCUUGUCCACUUGGUUCAUCAACUUACACAAUUGAUCCAAAAUUUGAGGGAGAGAUCUUUUGUUUCCUACCGCUUUCUCAGAAGACAGGUCUACCCGUACACAUCAGCAGCAACUUUGCCGUCAUCAACAAUCGACGAGGUAUCUGGACUUCAGAUGAAGCCACUUCUCACAAUGACAAAGAUGUGGAGUGGAACAUAGCAUUAAUAGAUGCAGUUAUAACUCCUACAUAUUACACCCUACUUCUUGCUCUUAAGGAAAUGAAAAUUAACGGUCUCAUACCUGGCUAUUUAUUUCAUGAUCUUUGGCCAAAAUCAGAGAAACUAUUGCAAAACAAUCCUUGGGAGAGCAUGAUAUCAAAACUGUAUGAACUGAUUUAUUUCAAGUCAGAUCAACUUUUCUUCUCAAAUUAUUCUAAGCAAUGGCUACAUUUAUCUGCUAGCAGAUUUUUGGCUCCUGGGAUUUUUUGUCUGUCAUCAGAGCAAACUAUUACACCAGUUUGUAUCUUUGAAGUUCUUAAACAUCUCAAUAAACCGAUUGUUUGUCUGCCAAGCUCAUAUCAUGCUUUCUUUUAUCUUGAUAAGGAGAUAGUUGAUGACAACGCAUUUUCUAAGCUGUUUUUCAACAAUUUGGAUUCUCUUAAGACAAUUCCAAACACCCGUAAUAAAGUCAUUUGUUAUAUGCUUGAGGUAUAUGCAGCAGAGUUGGAUGACAAGACGGAGCGAUGGUGCAUGUUGAAUGAUUAUUUUCACAACAAUGCUUGUAUUCCGUGUACACCUACUGGUGAAAUUCUCAGACAUUGUAAUGAAGUCAUUGAUCCAAGUACUGACUUUGCAAACCUUUAUGAUGACUCAGAGCCCUUUUUCCCCAUCACUGAAUUAUCAAACAGAAAGCUUUGCUUAUCAGCAUUGGUUGAGUUAGGGAUGAUUUGUAAAACCAUCCCUUGUGAUAUGUUGGUGGAGCGUGCUACAUCUGUUUGUUGUAUCUAUAAAUCUAAUAAAAAGAAAGCUAUGAAUCGUGUUAAACACAUUGUUAUGUCAUGUACAAAAAUAAGAAAUUUGUCAGAUAAGCGAUUGUCAUCAGUUCCUUUUCUACCAGUCUUACAGAGACCUAAAGGAUAUCAUCUCUCUUGGAAAGGGGAUGGAGAGGUGCUUAUGUGCAGUAAAAAUCUCAUGACUGAAAGCACUACCAAUUUUGAUCUUGUCGGGUCCCGGGUUGCAUUUAUAGAUGUUAAAGACAUUGGCUGUGUUUCUGUUCCCCAAGAAAGUAUUGCACUAUUGGGACUACGUGAAGUUCCAUCAUUUGAAGAAGUGCUUGCACAACUUAAUGAGUUACAAUCGGUGUUCAUGGCUAAAGACUUCCAAACAACAGAACUAAUUUCAACUACUGGCAGAAUGUGUACUCAAGUGUAUGGUUUCCUGGACACAACUCUCAGAAAAAGUUCUAUCGAAGCUCAAAACAUUUCAAUAUCCUAUGUGUGGAAUGAACAACAGUUUGUAGAAUUAGAUGUUGUUUCAAAAAAUUGGAGAGUUAAUGGUCCUUAUCUGUAUGGUUUGCCUGCCAGCAUACUGUCUAAAAAAAAGUUGACAGAAUGUCUGAAGUUUAAGAAACAGUUUUCAUUUGAAGAUAUUCAAAAGGCUCUCCAAAAAAUGAAAAAUGAUUAUGAUUGUCGUCCUGUUGAUGAACAUUGUCAAACCAUAUUACAAGCUAUCAUUACUUUGCUUCAAAAUUUACAUCUCAGUGCAUCGAAGAAGUAUACACUAUUAUUACCGGAUGAAAACUACGUUCUGUAUCAGUCAGAUACAUUGAUUUAUAAUGAUGUAGAUUGGGCUGCAAAAGACUCACAUUAUAGGUAUGUGAAUAGCAUUGUGCCUGCCCAGUUAGCAAAAAAGCUUGGUGUACAGCCAGCAAGAGGCCAAUUGCUAAAGAAGUUUAGCAGGUCCAAUAUACAGUUCGAAAGCGUUGAGUUUGGUCAACGCGAACAGCUAACCCUAAGAAUUCAAAAUAUUUUACACGACUAUCCAUUUGAUAUUACAUUCUUGAAGGAGCUUCUUCAAAAUGCAGAUGAUGCAAAGGCAACGAAAAUGUACAUUAUUUUAGACAAGAGAACUCAUGGAAAACAGGGUGUUUUGACUAAAAACUGGGAAAGACUACAAGGCCCUGCUCUUUUGAUUUGGAACGACAGUGUAUUCUCAGAAAAAGAUCUUCAAGGAAUUCAAGAACUAGGGCUUGGUAGCAAGCGUUCUAGUACUGAAACUAUUGGCCAAUAUGGCAUUGGUUUCAAUGUGGUGUACCACCUUACUGACUGUCCCAGCUUCAUCACUGGUGGAGAGACUAUGUGUGUACUAGACCCACACUGCGAGUAUGUGCAUGAAGCUGAUACCUUGUAUCCAGGUAGAAGAUUUGAAGGUUUGAGUCAAGGUUUUUGGACAUGUUUUCCUGAUAUGAGUUCCACUUAUUUGCGAUCUGGUCUGAAAAAUUGUCCAUCAGAGCUCAAAAGUGGCUCAUUGUUUCGAUUUCCAUUAAGACACACCAAAGAGCACUUGGAGUACUCAAAAAUAGUUCAAAAAGGAUUCGAAAGGUUUAUCACUUCAGGUCAAAUGUGGAACACUCUUCAGGCAUGGGCGCCUAAAAUAAAAGAAUCUAUGCUUUUUCUCAAUCAUAUUCAAACAAUCCAAUUAAUGGUUAUUGAGGAAGGUAGUGACGAGGUUGCUAUUAGUCAGAAAUUGUACUCUAUAAAAAAUGAGUCUGACCUGCAGAAAUGUAAGCAACUUCACAAAGCAAUUUCCAACUUCACAAGUAAAGAAAAAAGCAAGUCAUUUGUAAUCAGAUACCCUUUGAAAAUCAAUGAUGUUUACUUGGACUCGGCUGGGCAGGAAGUAUCCACUAAUGAGGAAUGGUUGAUACAACAAGGUAUAGGAGAUUUUAAUAACGAGAAGCAGUUGUGGAGUUUCGUGAAUACAAUAAAACCUAGGCAUGGGAUUGCAGCCCCAAUUAAAUUGCCUCUUAUGUCACAAACCAGCUCACCGGAAAGACAGCCGUUUUUGGGGAAAAUAUUUUGUUUCUUACCCUUGCCUAUUGUUACAAAGCUGCCUGUGCAUAUUAAUGGAAACUUUAUUCUCAACUCAACUCGUAGAGACUUGUGGUUGUGUACGGAAAAAGGUCGAGAAGACGAUAAAUCAACUUGGAAUUGUCGUCUUUUUCAAGCAAUUGCUUCUUCCUAUGUUAACCUUCUGGAACAUGCUCAGUCGUACUAUGUAUCAUCGGUGUGUUAUGAGACAUUUUCUUCGGCAAGUGAUGACAUUAGUAAGUAUUACGAGAUAUUCCCAAAUCCACAUCACGUAGAAAACCAAUACAGAGCAAUGGUUUUCAGUGUAUAUAAAAAAAUAGUAGAACAAAAUCUGAAUAUUUUAGCUAGUGUCAACUCUACCAGUUUCUCUCCAAGACCAAUGGGUCAGGUAUGUGUAGUCUGGUUACCACCUAAGAGCAGUGAUCCUUCAACUCAAGUGUACUUUCAGAGCAGUGUUAAUCACAAAAUUAAUUAUGAAGAGACAAACAAAAUUUUGGAAAAUAUUGGCAUGAGGGUGACAGUAGCAAGCACAUUUCUGCUAAAGCAUCUAAACGAUGCCGUAACCAGAGGUAAUGUAGAAAAUACUGGCAUAAUUGAGGAAAUCAACCCUGAAACUGUUUUUGAUUACUACAUACAAUUCCACUCUAAACAAAGUCAAACAGGUCAUUUCCCAUGUGCAAUCAGUCAAACUACUUUUAAGACUGUUUCUGCAUUCAAGACAUUCAUUCAGUACCUUUUGCAGCCAUCCAGGACUAACCAGAUCACCGACACUUCUACUUCAUCGAGUCCUGUUACAACUAUGGAAUUCCCGAAGGAACCAUUUGGUUAUCCUCUCCUCUUAACAGCAGAUAAUCAGUUAAGAACAUUCCAAAAAACAUCUAAAGUUCUUAAUUGUAGUAGGUUUUGGGAUAUCUUUGAAAGUAGUCCAGAAUGCUUCUUACAUCCUGAUCUGGGUGCUAUUGAGUACAACAGGUGUUAUUUUGUUUAUCCAGAACAUAGUCGACUACAGAUUGAGAUGCUAUUCUCAAAGCAUUUUCCGCCUUCUUUGAAAACAAACAGGGUGCAAACCUUUCCCACUGAUUUUUCGAAGGCUAAGCUCAGUAGGUAUUGGAGAUGCCUAUUCAAUGAUCAAGUAUUUUCCUCUAGUAUGGGGGAACUACUAAAAGAAUGGGCUCUCAUACCAAGUACCUCGGGAAGUCUCCACUCUUGCAGUGACUGUCUCCUGCCAGUUGUACCGCCAACAUGUGAAAAUAAAGCUUUUGCUGAUGUUUAUGAUGUUCUUUGUAAGAUAGGCAUGCCUAUCUUGGACACUUCUAUAGUUGUUGACUACGAAAAGCUAUCCUGCCCAUCUCUUGACGAUAAACCUUCUAUUUUAAAAGCUCUAUAUCACCUUAAUGAAGAGGCAAAUCUAUCUAUAAUCCUCAACGAUAAAGUUGAUGUCAUCAUUUCCUAUCUGGAGGAUCUUCACUUCUCACAGCGUAUUGAACGAGAUCAUGUCAAGAGUCUUCCUCUGUUUGAAUCUGUUGAUGGUACAUUGAGAUCAUUGCAAGGAAAAUUAGUGUAUGUUUGGCCAGCUGAGGCAAUCACUUGUGGGUAUUCAGAAUGGAGUAAGCACUUUCCUGAGGUCAUAUUUUUGAUGGAAACUGGCAUGUGGGAAAGGCUUGGUUCUUUAAAAGUCUUAAAAAUUGAAACACUGACCAUAGAAAAGCUGUACUGCAAGUUCAUCUUCACUUACUUUUCCAUUCUCAAUGAAGGAGAUAGGUACUCACACCUCAAAUACAUCAGAGAGCGCUUAUUUGUCAAACAUCUAGUGCUUAAGGAGACCACAUAUAAUUAUGGACAUUUUCUAAGUGAGUUAGAAAAUCUUUGCUGCAUCGGCACGGACAAUUUGAAACCAAUUAGUAGCUACUGCAAUCAUGAAAUUGAUAUAUUUGCUACUUUCAGUGAAGAUUUCGUCUUUCUUCCUAUUUUAUUUAAAGAUUCUGAGUUGGGUGAAUGGUUGAAGUUCUUUAAAAAGCUUGGUCUAAAACAGACUGUGAGCCAGGAAAAAUUUUUGCAGCUCUGUAGGAAAGUUAAAAAUGGAAAUCAUGCAAACCCUGCUAAAGCAGCUGAUGUUCUUCUUUCAUAUCUGUUAUCUGAUAGUGAGAAGCACAGGGAUGACAUUUUCCUAAAUCAGGUAGCCCAAAUUCCAUUUGUUCCCACAAAACCUCUACCUAAACUAGCGUGGAUCGCAAAACCACAAUAUGGGUCAUUUACUAAACUCAGUGAAGCUGCUACUCAUGAUUGUGCCGUUUAUUUGUGGAACAUCAAACCAAUUAUUAAACUUCCUGCGGGUUGGAGACCUUUGAGCAUCGCAGAACAUAGAAUGUUGGCAGAGAAAUUGGACAUUAUAUAUGAACCAGACAUUCAAGAUGUAAUGCAAAAUAUCUUGAAGAUUUGUUCAUUAAGGAAUUUCACUUCUUUUCAGCACUUUUAUCUGUACCCAAACACAAAUGAAUCUCCGUCUGGUGUAUUAUCCCUCAUGGAGGUGAUGAUUAAGAAUCUAUCUCAUCUGGAAACUAACCAGAAGUAUGUCACUGAUUCUCUACUGCAAUCACUAAGGAAUUCACCUUGUAUACCUGUCAACAUCACUGGUGAUAAAACUCACUCAUGGCAAGUACUUCUUGUAAAACCUUGCUAUGUUUUGCGUGGAGUUCCCGUAGCAGCCUAUCAUCCAUUUCUUCAUGAACUAGACCAUAGACUAUCAGCGUUCACCUUCAUAUUGCAGCAAUUAAAGGUUGAAUCUGAAGUUGGAUUCAGUCACAUUCAGCUAGUUCUAAACAAGGCCUAUGAAAUUCAACGUUCAACUGGACAGGUGCUAGACAAAAACACCAGCGGCUGUGUCUUUUCAAUAUUAAGCCAGCUAAGACACAAUUUGUAUCAUCAGUCUGAGCGCUUAGAUGAAGUACUCUACCCACUGUACUUACCGAAUCAUGACGAAAAGCUUGCCCUUUCAACUAAACUACUAUACGUCGAUGAUGACACUUUCAAGGGUAAACUUCACCCAAAACUUGAUGGCACAUGCUACUCUAUGCUGAAGAUUAGAUCCACAAUUCCUGAAAUCGGUACCGAUAUCUUAAUGUCAGAGAAAGAUUUCUGUGAGUUGUUACCAAAAAGAACUCGUCCUGUAGGUUUGUCUGAACUAUGCACUCUGAGAGUUCUGCCGGAGUGUGUGUUUGAAAACAAUACAGAAGUAGGCAAAUUGUUGACAAAAACAUUUGACAUGAAAGCAACUUUGUCAAAAGCAAUUUCUGCAGGUGUGCAAUACUACACAAGAUUGCCUUCGAAAAUUGUAGAAGCAGCCACCUUGCAUUUCUUUUCUAAUACAGAAAUCAAGACACUCAAUUACCUAAGAAUGGCUGUCUGCUUCAAAACGACUGGUCAAACGCUUGGAAAUUUAGACACGAAAUUUCAUUUGCAGGUACUUGCAGGUGACAGCUACCAUGCUUGCUUAUACCUGGACUCAAAACUGAAAGCAAUGUCUCAUGUUUACGUUAAAAUAAUUGUAGUUUUAUCAACUAAAUUGCUCAACCUGAUUAGAUCUCAGCUGGAUAAACCAGAACUUUUAACUCGGGAAGUGUCUACUUCUUUAAUGAAACUGCUUAGUGAUUUUCUAAAUGCACACAGUCCUCAGGAUAUCCAGGAUAUUCUAGAAGACAAUAGUAUACCAUUGGUAGAAGUACAAAUGAACGAUGCUGAUUUUACGCUCGGUAAAGAAGUUUCAGAGUGCUGGCACCAUAGACUAGAUCAGACUAUUGAAAAUGUUUUCCAUCCUGGAGAAAUAGUAGGAUAUGAAGUGGUCGAAAAUCACAUUGUUUUUGCUAUGAUUAUGCAUCCUGUUUUACCCAAAGACCUUCACAGUUUUGAUUCAAUUCAAAUUGCUGACAUGCAAUACAUGAUAUCCACACAUGAUGAUGAACAACAAGAGAAAGCAGGAAUUUUUGAGCUUUACAAAUUUUUGAAAGGAAUCAAGCAUACUCAAUGUAUAGAAGAUAGGGAUGCAAAUCAGAUUCGAGAUGAAAACACUGACAGAGAGCAAAAAAUAACAGAACUUAAAAAACAACUUGUAGGUGUUUGGAAGCUAUCAGAAGAGCUCAGGACAAGAGCUCUUCGUCGUCUGUGUCUCAAAUGGCAUCCAGACAAGAAUAUAGACAAUCCAGUGCUAGCUGAGACGGUCUUUAAAAUUCUGAAUGAAGAGAUUUCAGAUAAAAAUGUGAAUCAUGGUAUUUUUUGCGAAGAAUUGCGUAAAACGGCACAAAAACAAAGAGAAUUUUAUCGGAGAGAACAAGAGAGUAGAUUAACAUCAGAAACACAAGCCAAAUCUAGUAGCAGCCUACGAGAAUUGAAGUGUGCUGAAAUGCCAAAGUUUGACGAGGAAAGUCUUUGCCCUAAACAAAAUCCUGAGGAAGGAAGACGAUGGCUGCAACAAGCUGAUGCUAAUUUUGAAUCACUUUUGCUACUGUUUUCAGAAUGUCGGGACAAACCCAGAGUGUGUGGAGACAUUUGCUUCAUGGCACACCAAGUAGCAGAGAAAGCUCUUAAAGCAGGGAAGUAUUUCGUUUGUGGUCUUGAUGAAAUAUCUUUAAGAUCCCACAGUUUAAGUACUCAUGCUUUGGGCCUGCAGUUUGAACUUCCUAAUGAGACACGUGGGCUAGCUGCUCACACCACACCACUUGAAGAAUACUACCUUAAUCCACGAUACCCUAACUGUUGGCCCUCUCCUCGAGUGCCCGCUGAACAGUAUAACUACGAGGAAGCUGAAGGAGCCAAGAAUCAUGCACAAAUCAUACUAGACAUAAUCAAGAACAUUCUCUCAAUACAAAGUUUGUAAUAAUUAUAUAUAUACAUGUAGCAGAGUACGUAAUAGCACAAUGACUGUAUUAAUUAUGUAUUGGACAUCUUUUUAUAUAGCACAAUGCUUUUGUUUUAGCGACUCUCAAUAUUUUAAUUUAUAAUUAUACACUGUG